GUGACCACCUGGUACGACCGUCGACGAGGUCCAUUCGAUUGGGGACUCCAAUUGAGCAGACGACGUCGAUGUAUCCUCCUACUCCCACCAGGAUGGAUACCGAAUACGACUCUAGCUCGGAAGACGAGUAUUUGUGGACUGCCACUAGCCGGCUGCCGCGGCGCGGCGCGAAACUAUCACCCACGUGCAAGCAGCCGCGGUCCCACCAGCAGCCACUCCGUCCUUCUCGUUCACGCUCAGCACCUCCCUCGUCUGCUCCCGCCACCUCCAAGGCCUCCUUCCGCGCAAAAGCCCUUCGACCGCCGAAAGACGUUAUGCUUGCUGCGCCCUCCGUCGAUCUCUCCUUUGACGAUGACGAUUGGACGGCGCCACCAUCUAGCCCUCGACUUUACCGCGCCGCCAGCGUGGGGAACAGUUGGGGGGUCACCUCGAUAGGCCGAGGAUUCCAGUGGAACAGCCAGGCCGAAGACAGCUGCAGCGAUCAUGAAAGGGACGACGACUCUCCUAAGGCGGCUGUCAACACAACCAACGACCGAACAGCUACACUACGUGCGACUCGUCCGGCAUGGUUGAGCACUUCCGCAGUGCCACGAUCUGCAGCCAACACCAAUGGCAUCGGAAUGCUCUCUAUCACUCCCCCGACACCUCUUUCCCCCCUCUUGCCUUCGCGUUCAGGCAGCUUCAUCGCGGGUCCCCUGACGCGUUCUCCUGUUCAAUCACGACCAUCGUCUCCUCGCCCUUUCUCCUCGCGUCCCGCUUCUCCUAGGCCGACAUCUCCGCUGGUAACGGGUACCUCAUCGGCUCGAAGUCCCUUGUCUAGCAGGCCGUCGUCGCCACGCUCUUCCCAGUUCCCUCGCAUGCGCCGCCGAUCUUCGCAACAGCGGGUCUCCCUCAUAGCCGGGCGUGUUUCCAUAGCCCCGAUUGAACCUCCGUCCCCGCUUCCCUCGGGCCCUCAAAGAUUAGUCCGAACGAAUAGCGCUGCCAGUUACCUGAGUGUCGCGAGCAGCGCGGGGCCUCCCACGCCGGACGAGAAGACCCACGCACUUGGAGAACGAAGCAUAUCCGAGUUCGUCGUCGAACGAGAGAUUGGGCGUGGCGCGUACGGUCUCGUGAAACGGGCAAGAGAGAUGAUGGAAGACGGAACCAUGGGGCCGCCGCUAAUAAUCAAGCAAAUCAUCAAGUCGCGCAUCCUCGCGGAUUGCUGGAAGAGGCACCCAAAGUUUGGCACUAUCCCGAUAGAAAUCUAUGUCAUGUCCGCCAUUUCCACGACGCACUACGUUCUCCCGCCGCCUCGUCCAUGGGAUCCGCUCCGACACAAGCCGGAGGUACACAAUGACUGGGUGGAAGGGAAAGUGGUAAGCGGCCACCCCAACAUUUGCCCUCUACUCGACUUCUUCGAGGACAACCACUACUACUACCUCGUUCUCCCCUCAACAACGGCGGAACCCAAACCCGACGAGCCCUCUCCGCCGACGGACCUCUUCGACCUGGUCGAGGGCUAUCCCCACGGCCUUCCCACAGACCUGAUCCGAAGCUAUCUCGGACAGAUUGCAGACGCUGUCGCGUUUUUGCAUUCGAAGGGGAUUGUUCACCGCGAUAUCAAGGACGAGAACGUGGUCCUCGGACCUGACGGCAAGUGCGUUCUUAUCGACUUCGGAAGUUCAGGCCUCGUGAAGAAGGGCGGGUGGGACACAUUCAGUGGCACCCUCGAUUACGCUGGUCCAGAGAUUCUUCGCGGCGAGCGAUACUUUGGGAAGGAGCAAGACGUCUGGGCGUUCGGCGUCGUUGCAUACGUGAUGCUGGUCGGGGAAUGCCCAUUCACGACGGCUGCGGAAGCCCAGGAUGGUCUCGGGUCUCCUCUUGCCAGUGCGUCUAUCGCGCUAGACGAGCGCUGCUCCGACGGUAAGGAGAGGGAAGGAGAAGAGGCAGACGGAGGUGGAGCGCUGGGCGACGCCGCGGCGCUCGUGAAGGCGUGCCUUCGGGUCGACGUGAACGCACGACCAUCCUUCCAAACAAUCCUCCAAAGCCGGUUUUUGAGCGGUAACGGAGGAUGGGGUAUGGACUCAUGAUCAAGUGCAUGAACCCUAGUGGCCCGCACGGAAUGUGCGUGCAAUGUCUACGCCUAGACGAUCAGAAGUCGCCUAGAGAGACACCAGGCUGAUUCGGUUUACCUUGCAGGUGUACAAUAUGUUAUCUGAUGGCUUCGCGUCCUGCAGGCGUUCCUCUAGACGAGUCUUACACGUCUUUGGCGCUAUCUCUCCACCAUCCAUCCAUCGUUCGGAACUUCCGAGACGCGAUACUCAUCUACAGCUCGCUCAUGACCACUUCGUACGCGCACAAUGUUAUCAACACCAUCGCAUCGUCUCUGUCUCCGAUCGCAUAAAUAUGUUCUCGCCACCGCAUUCUUGUCGUCCGUACGAUGUAUCCGAGUAGUUUACCACCAACCUUGUGUAAUAGAAAUCCGACAUGUACUUU